CUCCAGUGUUUGAGGAGGAGCAGAAGCCUCCCUUCCCUCUCCUCUCCUCCCCUCCCCUCCUUCCCUCCCUCCUCCUUCCUUCCUUCCCCUUCUCUCUCUCCCCCUCUCUCUUUCUUUUUCUCUCUCUCUUUCUGAUUGUCUUCCCCUGCUUCUCUAUGAUUUGGUCUUUCAUUCUCUGGAAUAAAAAUGAUGGCAGGACCGAAGUUCUAGCAAAAGAUUUCAUGUACAAAUCUGCAUUUCAGUAUUUACCUAUUGGGACACUAUUUCUCUCUUCCUCAGCUUUCUUCCUCAACUUUGGACAUGACAGGACUGAAAAGGCUAAUGACCAUUUUGAUGGUGACUGGCUGCCUCUUAAAUCAUGGGAAGACACAGCAACCAUGCUCAAAUGGAUUUGAGGUGGAUCGUUCCACAGGACGAUGCUUGGAUGUCGAUGAAUGUCGGACUAUUGCUGAAGCCUGCAGGGGAGACAUGGUGUGUGUUAACCAGCAUGGUGGCUAUUUGUGCGCUCCACGAACAGAUUCUGUUUAUCGAACACCAUUUAUGAAUCCUUAUGCACCUAGUUUAUAUCCACCACCUCCAGCCCCAGCUCCUGCUCCCAAUUAUCCCACAGCUGCAAGAGCUCCUCUCAUGUGCAGGUUUGGCUACCAAAUGAGUGACAGCAACCAGUGUGUGGAUGUUGAUGAAUGUGCAUCUGAAUCGCAUCAGUGCAACCCCACCCAAAUCUGUAUCAACACAGAAGGAGGAUAUACUUGCUCUUGCACUGAAGGAUACUGGCUUUUAGAAGGCCAGUGCUUAGACAUAGAUGAAUGUCGCUUUGGUUACUGUCACCAGUUGUGUGCCAAUGUACCUGGGUCCUACUCCUGUACAUGCAAUCCGGGAUUUAUCUUGAAUGAGGAUGGAAGAUCAUGCCAAGAUGUGAAUGAAUGUACAGCUAACAACCCUUGCGUUCAAAACUGUGUGAACACAUAUGGCUCAUUUCUUUGCCGCUGUGACCCUGGCUAUGAAUUGGAAGCUGAUGGCAUUAGUUGUACUGAUAUGGAUGAAUGCAGCUUUUCAGAAUUUCUUUGUCAGCAUGAAUGUGUCAAUCAGCCAGGCAGUUACUACUGCUUUUGUCCUGCUGGUUAUGUUCUCCUUGAUGACACCCGAUGCCAGGAUGUUAACGAAUGUGAGGUUGGGAAUCACACUUGCAACUUGCAGCAAACGUGCUUCAAUAUUCAAGGAGGAUUCAAAUGCCUAGACCCAGUAAGAUGUGAAGAGCCUUAUCUCUUGAUCAGUGAAAAUCACUGUAUGUGCCCAGCUGAGAAUCCUGGUUGUAGAGAUCAGCCCUUCACCAUCUUGUAUAGAGACAUGGAUGUAUCGGGACGAACAGUGCCUUCUGAUAUAUUUCAAAUGCAAGCCACUUCCCGCUACCCUGGUGCCUAUUAUAUCUUUCAAAUCAAAUCAGGAAAUGAAGGCAGAGAAUUCUACAUGCGGCAAACUGGGCCCAUCAGUGCCACUCUUGUGAUGACUCGCCCUCUGAAGGGCCCACGAGAGAUUCAGUUGGACCUGGAGAUGGUCACUGUUAACACUGUCAUCAACUUCAGAGGAAGCUCUGUCAUUCGGCUGAGGAUAUAUGUUUCGCAGUAUCCCUUCUAAAUCUUACAGUUGGAAAGGAAAUCAUCCCUUUUCUGCCAGAACUUUCUUCUCAGGAGUUAGUGCAUCAAAUAACUCAACAUGAAAUCUAUAUUAAAAGUUGUCGCAAUGGCUCAUGUUACAGUGAUGGGCCAGGCCUCCGCAAGGUUUGAAACCAUCUGAGGUUUUAAUUCUCAAUGGAUUUCUUAGGCAAGUUGUUUUGUUUUGUUUUUGUUGACCAUGUGCUCUUAAGAAGCUUUUGUCUUGCUUUCCAAAAUUUUUUAGAGUGUGAUUAUAAGCUUAUGAAACUGUGAAGCUCUCCACCUUUAUAACAGCAAAGCUGCUUUGCAAAAGCACCAGCAAAACCAUGGAAAAAGCUUGCUUUGCCUGUCAUUUUUCCUUCCUUAAAAAAGCAAACAAACCAUCUGUGGAAUUGAGAAAGCACCAGCCACUCUUUCAGAAAUAUCUAUGGAAGUAUCAGCUCUUAUCAUCGUAUAUAUCUCAAUCAGAAACUAUCUCAUAUUGUCUCUGUUUUGUUUGCACAUCUCCAAGGAAGUGUCCUUUCUUUCAGUUUAGGUUCUUUAAUUUCUCCCAAACCAUUGGCCACAAGUGAUAGAACAAAUAUACACUUGAGAGUGUUUUGGCUUUGUGCUUCUUGAAUAGCAGAAUAAUACUUGUACAGUAAGGACUUGUGUUUCUUUAAAAUAAUAGGUUUGCAAUAUGGCAAAUAUGUACAAAUCUAAUGGAAAUAAGGAGUUUCUAUGUGGAUAUAUGCAGGUUUGAGCUUUGAGUAACCUCCAACAUAAACAAUUAAAUGUGGUUUCAUAAUGUA